UGCUUUGCCCAUGUAGUCUUAUGAGAAUCAAUCGCAGACUUUACCCCGGCUGGGACCUGUAACCAAUCAGUCCACUCACACACAGCCAGUGUGGGCUGAUAAACAGACCCAAGUGAGGGGCCGGCCUAACCAGGAGGGCUUGACGUAUGAGAGUAGUAAGGACUCCAAAGCUAGAUUAUUGCAGGCUUUUUGUGCUGUACCAGACUGAGCAGCUGGAAAGCACUGCCAGAGCCAUGGUCCAGCCUUCUAGACCUUGGGCUGUUCUGUUGUCACCAGCUGAAACCCUCUUUCUUGUUGUAGAGUCUUCCAGUGGAAAGUAGAUUCGGCCCCGCCACUCGGCUCUCUGUGGACAAACUGCCUGCUCCCCCAGCCCCUGCCCCCAGCCAUGGCCCUCCACCCCCGCAGAGUCCGGCUGAAGCCCUGGCUGGUGGCCCAAGUGGAUAGCGGUCUCUACCCUGGGCUCAUCUGGCUACAUCGAGACUCUAAACGCUUCCAGAUACCCUGGAAACAUGCCACCCGGCAUAGCCCCCAGCAGGAGGAGGAAAACACCAUUUUUAAGGCCUGGGCUGUAGAGACGGGAAAGUACCAGGAAGGGGUGGAUGACCCUGACCCAGCGAAAUGGAAGGCUCAGCUCCGCUGUGCUCUCAACAAAAGCAGGGAAUUCAACCUGAUGUAUGAUGGCACCAAGGAGGUGCCCAUGAACCCUGUGAAGAUUUACCAAGUGUGCGACAUCCCCCAGCCCCAGGGCUCGAUCAUUAACCCAGGGUCCACAGGGUCUGCUCCAUGGGAUGAGAAGGAUAAUGAUGUGGAUGAAGAAGACGAGGAAGAUGAACUCGAUCAGUCGCAGCACCAUGUUCCCAUCCAAGACACCUUCCCCUUCCUGAAUAUCAAUGGGUCUCCGAUGGCACCAGCCAGUGUGGGCAACUGCAGCGUGGGCAACUGCAGCCCUGAAGCUGUGUGGCCCAAAACAGAACCUCUGGAGAUGGAAGUGCCUCAGGCACCCAUCCAGCCCUUCUAUAGCUCUCCGGAGCUGUGGAUCAGCUCUUUGCCAAUGACUGACCUGGACAUCAAGUUUCAGUACCGUGGGAAGGAGUAUGGGCAGACCAUGACUGUGAGCAACCCCCAGGGCUGCCGGCUCUUCUAUGGGGACCUGGGUCCCAUGCCUGAUCAGGAGGAGCUCUUUGGUCCCGUUAGCCUGGAGCAGGUCAAAUUCCCAGGGCCAGAGCACAUCACCAAUGAAAAGCAGAAGCUGUUUACCAGCAAGCUAUUGGAUGUCAUGGACAGAGGACUGAUCCUGGAGGUCAGCGGUCAUGCCAUUUAUGCCAUCAGGCUGUGUCAGUGCAAGGUGUACUGGUCUGGGCCAUGCGCCCCAUCACUUGUUGCCCCCAACCUGAUUGAGAGACAAAAGAAGGUCAAGCUCUUUUGUCUAGAAACAUUCCUGAGUGACCUCAUUGCACAUCAGAAAGGACAGAUAGAGAAGCAGCCACCAUUUGAGAUCUACUUAUGCUUUGGAGAAGAAUGGCCAGAUGGGAAGCCCUUGGAAAGAAAGCUCAUCUUGGUUCAGGUUGUUCCCGUGGUGGCUCGGAUGAUUUUUGAGAUGUUUUCUGGCGAUUUCACACGCUCCUUUGACAGUGGCAGUGUCCGCCUGCAGAUCUCAACUCCAGACAUCAAAGAUAACAUUGUCACGCAGCUGAAGCAGCUGUACCGCAUCCUCCAAACUCAGGAAAGCUGGCAGCCCAUGCAGCCCACACCCAACAUGCAACUGCCUCCUGCCCUGCCUACCCAGUGAUCACAAAUGCCUUCCUUCCCCACCCUCCUCUUGUCCCCAUAUUGUACAUAGGAACUUUUUUUCAGAUUGAACCAGGUUUUAAAUCUCUUUCCUGUAACAAUGUUAGAAGACUGUAACUCCAAAUGUGCCUAGCUUUUAAAGUUGAUUUAAUUUAUGGAAAAUUACCAUAAUUUUCCUUUCUCUUCCUUUUUCUUUUUUGAGACAGGUUCUUGUUGUGCAGUUCGGGCUGGCCUUGAACUCACUAUGUAGCCCAGCCUGGCCUAGAACUCUAUGAUCCUCUUCCCUCAGCCUGUCAAGUGCUGGGAUUACAGGUGUGUGCCUCCACACUCUGUAUCUUUUUCUGUUUUGGGGGUGGGGGCACUAGAAAUUGAAUUCAGAACCUCAGGCUUGCCAGGCAGGUACUGUGCCACUGAGCUAAAUCUCUAGCCUCCCUGUAUUUUAAAAACUUGAUGGUAGUUAGAUGUAGUAAAAGGAAAUUAGGCUUGGCAGUUUGGACACCAGGGUACUUGCUAUAGCUUUUCUUCCACCAUAACAUUAGUAAGUCAUUUAACUUCUGGAUUUUAACCUUGUUACUUUUGUAAAUAAAUAAAAACUGGAAUAAUGCCCAAAUUUCAUUCAGUUUUAUAACCUGAUUUGAUUAUUUCAUCCUAUUUUGUUCCCAAACUGCCUGGAACAGAACCUUUUUGCAUUGUUCUUGUACCAAUUUUUUUCUUGCUUUCAUUAAAGUUCCCUGAAGCCUAA